UUGUCCUAUUUGAUCACAUCAACAAACUAUAAUAUAGAUUAGGGUAAAAGAGCUUCUUCCAGUAUCAACCAAAAGAAGAAGAAAUGAAUUCACUCGAGAAUCAGCUGAGUUCCUCGUACGCCAUGUCCGAAGAAGAAGAAGCAUUCGGUUAUGCUUGGUAUUUACGAAGCUCCCACAUGUUUUCUUAUGUUUUGGAUGCCGCAGUUCAGCUCGGUGUCUUCGAUAUAUUAACGAAGGCAGGUCCUGAUGUGAAGCUUUCUUCGAACCAGAUCGCGUCGGAGAUUCGCGCGAAGAAUCCUGACGCGCCUUCCCUUCUCGAUCGCAUGCUUCGGCUCCUCGCUUGCCAUGGUUUAGUUACUUGCGUUUCGCGAAAGCUCGAUGCCGGUGCGGGUAAUGGAGAAGAUGGUGAAAGAGUGUAUGGGGUUACUUUGGCUGGUAAAGCUUUUGUUCAUGACGAACAUAAUGGAUCUUUGGCUGUUUUUACUAGCGACAGGGCCGAUACUGAAGUCUGGUUACGGUUCAAAGAUCUGGUCCUUGAAGGUGGAAAUCUCUUUGAGAAAGUGCAUGGUAUGCCAGCAUAUCAAUAUAAGAGCUUAAAUCCAGAAAAUGCGAAGAGAUUUGACACCGCAAUGACAAAUCUUUCGAAGGUAAUAGUGAAGAAAAUACUUGAGAGAUACAAUGGAUUCCAAGGGGUAACUACUUUGGUAGACGUUGGGGGUGGAUAUGGGGUUACUCUCAACAUGAUCAUCUCCAAAUACCCUUCCAUUAAAGGCAUUAACUAUGACUUGCCUCAUGUUGUACAACAAGCCCCAUCUUUCCCUGGCAUUGAGCAUGUAGGAGGAGAUAUGUUCUCAACUGUUCCCAAAGCAGAUACCAUAAUGAUGAAGGAAGUUCUUCACAAUUGGGAUGAUGAGCAUUGCUUAAAACUCCUAAAAAACUGCUACGAAGCAUUAGAAGAGAAAGGGAAAGUGAUAGUAAUAAGUUUCAUUAUGGUUGAGGAAGCAGAGGCAAGUAAUGCAGCCAAGUUUAUUUCUCAAUUGGAUCUCUAUAUGGCUACGCAAUUUGGUGGAAAGCAAAGGACUGAAAAGCAGUUAAAGUCCAUGGCCAUGGAUGCUGGGUUUUCAAGCUUUCAACUCAAGUGCCUUGUUUUCAAUGUGGUUGCUGUCAUGGAAUUCUAUAAAUGAUGAAUUUAAUUAGUACAAUAUUAUUAUUGUUAUUAGGUUUGGAAUUUGGAUUAACUUUCAUGGCGAUUCGAUGUGUCUGGUUAGGUUAAAUAAUUAAUGGGAGUAUUUAUUUUUGGCAUAAUGACUUAUUUGAUAUUCCAAAUUUAUGAAAAAGUUAUUUUAGUCA